AGCCGGAGCGCCCGCCGCAGCCGAGCGGAGCGGACGGCCGACCCGGCCGGACAGACCCCCUGCUCGGCGGCGGCGGUGGCGGCAGGAAGCGGCGCGAGCGGGGACCCUACCCCGCGGCCUCCGCCAGUCCCCGCGGGCCUCCUCGAGCGCGGCGGGGACAGAGGGCGCCCGGAGGGCGGCGGGCGGGCGCCCGGGAGAUGCGGAGCCGCGGCGGCGGCGCGAGCGGCGCGACAGGACCGGCCCCGCCGAGAUUAUAGCCCUCGUUUUCCCUUGGCUCACCAUGGAGCCCUUCUGUCCACUCCUGCUGGCAGGCGCUAGCCUGCCGCUCGCCAAGGCGCUCAAGGCCAACGAGACCACCACAGCGCCGAGCAACUGGACCUCCCCUACCUCAGGCCCCCCGGACCCUGGCGCCCCCCAGCCCCUGCUGGCCUGGCUGCUGCUGCCCGUGCUCCUCCUCCUGCUGCUGCUCCUCGCCGCCUACUUCUUCAGGUUCCGGAAGCAGAGGAAAGCCGUGGUCAGCGCCAACGACAAGAAGAUGCCCAAUGGGAUCCUGGAAGAGCAAGAGCAACAGAGAGUGAUGCUCCUCAGCCGGUCCCCCUCUGGGCCCAAAAAGUACUUUCCCAUCCCGGUGGCACACCUGGAGGAGGAGAUCCGCAUCCGGUCGGCCGACGACUGCAAGAGGUUUCGAGAGGAGUUCAACUCGUUGCCAUCUGGACACAUACAAGGAACUUUCGAAAUGGCCAAUAAAGAAGAAAACAGAGAGAAAAACAGAUAUCCCAACAUCCUUCCCAAUGAUCAUUCCAGGGUGAUUCUGAGCCAAGUGGAUGGAACCCCCUGUUCAGACUACAUUAAUGCUUCGUACAUAGAUGGUUACAAAGAGAAGAAUAAGUUCAUAGCAGCUCAAGGCCCUAAACAGGAAACGGUCAAUGACUUCUGGAGAAUGAUAUGGGAGCAGAAGUCUGCAACCAUCGUCAUGUUGACGAAUCUGAAAGAAAGGAAAGAGGAGAAGUGCUAUCAGUACUGGCCUGACCAGGGCUGCUGGACCUAUGGAAACAUCCGGGUGUGUGUGGAGGACUGCGUGGUCCUGGUGGACUACACCAUCCGGAAGUUCUGCAUACAGUCACAGCUCCCGGACGGCUGCAAAGCCCCGCGGCUUGUCUCCCAGCUGCACUUCACCAGCUGGCCUGACUUCGGAGUGCCUUUCACCCCCAUCGGGAUGCUGAAGUUCCUGAAAAAGGUGAAGACGUUCAACGCCACGCACACUGGGCCCGUGGUGGUCCACUGCAGCGCGGGCGUGGGCCGGACAGGCACCUUCAUAGUGAUCGACGCCGUGAUGGACAUGAUGCACGCAGAGCAGAAGGUGGACGUCUUUGAGUUUGUGUCAAGAAUCCGCAGUCAGCGCCCUCAGAUGGUUCAAACAGAUAUGCAGUACACAUUCAUCUACCAAGCCUUACUGGAGUACUACCUCUACGGGGACACCGAGCUGGACGUGUCCUCUCUGGAGAAGCACCUGCAGACGCUGCACGGCACCAGCACCCCCUUCGACAAGAUCGGGCUGGAGGAGGAGUUCAGGAAACUGACCAAUGUCCGGAUCAUGAAGGAGAACAUGCGGACAGGCAACUUGCCUGCGAACAUGAAGAAGGCCAGGGUCAUCCAGAUCAUCCCGUAUGACUUCAACCGUGUCAUCCUGCCCAUGAAGAGGGGCCAAGAAUACACCGACUACAUCAACGCCUCCUUCAUAGACGGCUACCGGCAGAAGGACUACUUCAUCGCCACCCAGGGGCCCCUGGCGCACACGGUGGAGGACUUCUGGAGGAUGGUCUGGGAGUGGAAGUGCUACGCGGUCGUGAUGCUGACGGAGCUCCGGGAGAGAGAGCAGGAUAAAUGUUACCAGUAUUGGCCAGCAGAGGGCUCAGUGACUCAUGGAGAAAUAACGAUCGAAAUAAAGAGUGACACCCUUUCUGAAGCCAUCAGUAUACGGGACUUCCUGGUCACUUUCAAUCAGCCCCCGGCCCGCCAGGAGGAGCAGACCCGUGUGGUGCGCCAGUUCCACUUCCACGGCUGGCCCGAGGUCGGGACUCCGGCAGAUGGCAAGGGCAUGAUCGACCUCAUUGCAGCCGUGCAGAAGCAGCAGCAGCAGACGGGCGACCACCCCAUCGCCGUGCACUGCAGCGCCGGGGCUGGGCGGACUGGGACAUUCAUAGCGCUCAGCAAUAUUCUGGAGCGAGUAAAAGCUGAAGGCCUCUUAGAUGUCUUCCAAGCUGUGAAGAGUUUGCGACUUCAGAGGCCACACAUGGUGCAAACCCUGGAACAGUAUGAAUUCUGCUACAAAGUGGUACAAGAUUUUAUUGAUAUAUUUUCUGAUUAUGCUAAUUUCAAAUGAAAGUUCCUGCCUUAAAAUAUUUUUUAAUUUAAUGGUCAGUAUAUUUUAUAAAAACCAUGUUAAUUUAUUUCAUAGUUGACAUUAAUAUCCUUCCUAAUUUCGUUGUAUAUAUUUCAUUAUGCUUUAAAGGCCACCUGCUAUAAAGUUAUUCGAUCUUAAAUACCCUUUUAAAAACUGGAAUAAUAAUAGUAAGGUCAAAUAAUAUCCCAUAAAAAUAUAUUUCUGCUAAUAUCAGUAAAUAUUUUAAUUUUUCAUUAGAUUCAUAUCAUUUAAUUUCACACAUUCAGCAUCUCUAAAUGUUAAAUCUUAGUAUACCAAGUGUGCUUAUGCAAGAUACUAAACACAAAGUCCUUUGUAGAGAAAGUAGUCGAGGACUCAAGAAUCAAUUGAAAAUUCACUUUCCUCACAGUGUUUUCACAGUCCUGAGCAGUGGCAUUUUUUGGAGCCAAACUGCUCAUCAAGAUACAAUGUAAACAGGGAAUUUUGUAAAGUUCUCAGCUCAACCCAAGUGGUUUAUCUUAACAUUUUAAUGAUCAAAGACUUUACAAUGAGAAUCCAGGUCUAGAACACAGUAGAGUAGGCGCCGAAAUGGUGAUACUUAACCCUGCAUUUAUUCAGGGCUGUGUGAGCAGCCCUGGUUAGAGGAGGGGAUACGUAAUGCCAGCGUCCUGGUGGCCCUUGCCGUGGGUACAGCAAGACCAGCAGUCAGAGCUGCGCACCCACAGCACCACUUGAUGUCUGCAUGUUCGACUCAGAUAAUCCUCUGCACUUCUUGCCCUCCCUCCAAUUCUUUCUCAGCUGCCCUGCUGGUCUUGAGCUGUGCCUAGAGGUUUACCCUAAAGCACGACCCAUUCCAAACGUGUGGAUAAAGCCGAACAUGUGACGCACAGAAGCCAGGAGCACACACUUAGGAAGGACAGUCACAAGCAGUUAUGCUAUGAACUUUCUGAGAAGCAUUUUAAUAUUUAAAAAUCUCUUGUAAAAAAGUCCAGAUUGUUUGUAAGAAAAGAAACCUUAAAAUCUAGAUUUAUACAGUUUUUUUAAAGUCACACUCCUCAAUAUUUAAUAAGAGAAAAAGAGAAAUCCUUAAGCUAAAGGCUAACUUAUUUUUUAAUGGAAAUACUACUGAGACCUUUGACACUGGAUAAGAACCGUCCCACUACCAGGCAGGGUUGGCUCGUGGGCAAAAACACGGGGCGGGAUGAAAGUAGGAAAGUUUGAUUCACUGGCAGGCAGUGAUCUUUCUAUGGCAGUUAGGUACUUAGCAGAUGAGCACAAUGUAGAACAGAAGACAUCAGUUUAACUUACUAAAAGCAUUUAGCGUGCAUUUUUGGUACAUUUUUUGCUUUCUAAAGAAAUAUAAAGGCCUUAUUUGACAUGUCCACUGAUGACUGGGUGUGCCCUCCUAUUGCACUGUUUAUCCUAGGUUCACUUGUAGCGCACCCACAUCAACCCUAGGGGUUGUGAUGUUCUAAUGACAGGCUCAUGGGUAAGCAAGCCUCUGCCGCCACUCUGAGCCCCAGUCAGGGGCGAGAGGAGGUGUCCAGCUGGAGGGACAGAAGCACAGUGUUGUGAUGGCUGCAUCCGGGCUACACUGCUGCUGAGCGCCUCCCUCUCCUUGUUGGUGCAAUGAGUGUGCAUUUGGCCCCAAGAGGAAAAUGGAGGGAGCUUUGUGAGGUACACCAGUUGGUCCCAUUUGCUUUCAUUGUUAAGAUCCCAAGCCCAAGCCUUCCUUUGACUAAAGGGGAAGAGAGAGGGCCAAGCUUUCACUCAACCUGGAGCCCUAGACACAGAGCUGGCUGGUUGUGAUGAAAGCGACUAGUCAUUUAUUUGAGGGUUCAAAGUCAGAGUUGAGGUCCAAAUUCAGGAGUUUUAAUCAGAAUCCUCCAGGCCCUUUAGUGCUCUAACUGGAUCUCUUGCAUCAAGAUGAAGGUGUCCCUUCUCAGGAAGCCCUUGGGAGAGUGCCCUAUCUGUGUGUUCUUCUGAGCGUCCACUGCAUGUGUCCUGGUACCCAGCAGGCCCUUCCCAUUCUGGAAACAAGAAGCCACUGUCCCUUGGACACAGGACCCCUCUUCCCAGUUGAGACCAGUGUUUGCCUUUCUGGAGGCCCAAUAAUUGCAGCCUCGUGAACUUUGCAAGGCCCACCCUAGUUUAAGUAGGCUCAGUGGCACUCGAGAACUUAUGAUCUAUCAGUCUGUGCAACCUGGAAAGUUGGUCUCUUCUUCCUCUUCAGUCAAAGAAAGUCCCCUGUACAUAACAAGACAGCCAUGCGCCAAGGCCCUCGUUCCUUUUGUGGCUUUCUGUGUUGCAUGCCAUUGCAUCAAAUGCCAAAUAGCGAUUAGAAGCCUACCACUCUGAUCGACAUGCUUUAUCAGUCACUGUGUGACUCUCUGUACUGUUUCUCUCCACGUGCUACACGAAUGAAGAAUGAAAACCAGUGUUUUAAAAGGUAUUUUUAUGUGUUUUUAAAAACUUUUUAAAAUGAGCCUCUCACCUGUGUUUCAGCGUUCAGAGAAAUGCCCAUGUUGUUUUUUAAGAUGUAUGAUUACUUAUACUUUGGUUUAACUAAGUUUCAUUCAGUUUAUGUGCAAUCUUUAUAUAUAUAUAUGUAUUCCAGUUCCAACUGUCAUAUUCCUUUUAUUACAUUCAUAAUUUGAUCUUGCUCUGAUUAUAAUGCCAGUGAAUGUUGCUGAAUUCUUUGUAUAUGCAAAUUGCAAGAUCUCAACCCUUCGGAUGCAAGGAUAAAUCUUUACUUUGA